AGAUUUAAAUUUGGAAUGUCUACUUCAAAGUUGUCUAUGUUCAAGGAAGUUUUACCGAAAACAGGACAACUUUAUCAAGAAGAUUCCCCAUCACUUGUGCUUUGUAAACCCAAGAUUAUGCCACUCAAGUCCAUUACUCUGGAAAAGAUGGAAAAAAUGCAAAAAGCCGCUCAGGAAGCAUUGCAGAAGCAACAAAAAGAGAUGGAAAACAAAAGCGAGAGUUAAACUAACUUAAAUAUAACACAAACUUAUUACUGUACUAUUUAUAUAUUAAAUAAAACUCUUCACUGUUGUCAUGGAUUCUACAAACUCCCCAUUUACAUUAUUGGGAAAGCAAAUGAUCACGCCUUCCCCAAAAACUAAUAAGCAGCGUAACUCGUAUCGAACUAAGUCUUCCAUGUCGGAAGCUGACGAGACGCUUUUCGGGGUUCCUACACGAUAUGCGCAACAAGUUGAGACCAAACGUCCCAGCAGCGGCAAACAGUGGGACCCGCCGUGGGUAACAAGCCCAACAAAGAAAGGAGCUCCGCUGCUAUGGACCCCAUUUGAUUACAAGGGGUUUGACGACUCCUUAUCACCAGAAGGAAAUGAGAACACACGCUCUAACACUAAACCAAGAACUCCACGUUCUGCUCGUACACCGAACAAGUACAGGUUAAAAAAGCACACACCUACUUAUGUGGAUGAAACAUUAUUUGGUUCAAGGCUUAAAGAUCCAUCAUUUCAAGUCCCAUGGAGUGGCAGCAACAACAGUAAUAACAAUGAGUCAAAAGAUAUAUCGUGGUCGCCCGAUAUGAAAAAUUUAACACCUAGACCUGGAGAAAUCAUUCGUCCAGUUUGUCCACUGAGUGUAUAUGAUGAUCCUUACAUCCCUCCUACUCCACGAGAUGCACCAAGAUCAGCUCCCGUGAUCCGGGCAAGACCUGGCUCCUUGAUCAAAACUCCGCAAAAGAAGUCAUCGAAAUAUGGAGGAGUAAAACAAAAACUCGAUUUUUCAGAUCCUGACGAGAAACAAAAAGAAGAGCUUAUCCAGCGAGCAUUGCGACUCGCUCAGGUGUCACGGGAGGCAGCGGAGCAGAACGAGAUGCGACUUAACCUCGAAAAUGCGAGAAAUGAUUUUACAUGGAAGAGACCUUCCUCUGCUUCAACAGUUCAUUCUCAACGUAAUAGACCAAGAUCGGCCAGAAUGAGCGAUUUUCAAGAAAAUGAGAAUUUCUUAUCAGCCACCGGUGUGAGGGUCCCAUUAUCUGCGCGAUCGGACAGUGGUAGUCGCCCGAACUCAGCUAGGUCGCGACCAUCAUCGGCACGUAGAAGUAACAUGGGUGGUUCAUCAACAGAUCGACCAUCAUGGAGGCCGUGACAAUUUUCUUAUUAUUAACAACAUAAGAUAAGUUGUAACAUCUUAUUCUAUUUUAUUUAGAAGGCUAAAACUGAACAUUUUGGUACGUCAACCAGUCAUUCCUAUACUUUUUGUUCCACGAUAAAAAUAUUUAACAGUAGUAAUGUUUUGGCUUUAGAUACCCUAAUUCAAGAAAUCUAUUUUAAACUCUUUAAAUCAUAUAAUAAAAAGAUUUAAAUUGUUUUAAACAGGCUUAACCUUUUUAAAAGGUCAACUCAAAUUAUUACCCAAUUUUGAGUCACAACCCAGUAGUUAGAAGUGCUUCUGCUCACUGACUACAACGCCAACAGCAGAAAUAGUUUUUCUGAAUUAUUUUUACCCCCCAUCAAAGAAAAUAAAUUACAGGUUUUCCACACCAUGUGUUUUUAUCAUUUUUUUAGCUCAAUGCUGUUAUACAGUAUAUAUUAUGGGUUUGAGCUCCUAUAGACUGUGCUUUUAUUUAUGCAGUUGUGCAUAACAAACCUAGUAAUUCAGACAAGUGUUUAUGUAGUACUGGUAGUACCGAUAAAGUUGAACUCCAUUUCAAUUCUGUUUCACCUUUUUAUUUGUUUAUUAUCAACAAUUUUAUAUUGCAACGCUAAUUUUCGAGCUCUAUAAGUGCAUAUACAUGUGCGCAAAUGGUACAAAAACUCUUCUAUAUUUAUAAACUGAAAGAUAUCAAAACAAUAAAAUUAAUUUGCGAAUACAAAUUUUACAGUGUAUGUAUGUGCUGUUGUUUUACAAAAGAAUUUUAACUUUAUGUUUUCACAUGAGACUUUUAAUAUUACAUCUUAUUAAAUUCUCACAUAUUU